UCGCCACAACUUGCAUGGGACGCGAUGACUAAUACCCCUGGCUCUGGCUGGCUGGAUGCACUGCAUCCAGCCCCCCUGCCAUCCCUCCCUAUCCCCGCCUUCUAUCUUUUUCUUCCUUCUACCGUCUGCCUGUCUGCAUCUCUCAGUCCAUGAACGAGUGAUCGUCAAAAGCCCCGGUCGGUGCUGGAGUACUGCUGAUGUGCAUACCAAGCUUGAUGCCCAGGAAAAGAUGCUAGCUCAUGUGCCAUCGGUUUCACCAGGGUUUGUAGAUUGCCAGAUCUGAUCUGAUUCAGCAAAGAAUUCUGAGCUACCAAAGCUGCUUCAACUCAAAGCUCUAGCACUGCACUAUCUUCCACUUUAAGAAGACUCGAUCUUCACGGAAAGAGCAGAGAGAGAGGUGUCAAAAUCCAUGGUAGCUCCUCAUGUUCUUGAGCGCAAGAAAUGAAUCUUCGGAGUCGGAGGACAUCCAAGAGCUGAUCAGCAGUAGCCUCAAGUGCAACGCAUCUACGCCAGCAGACGACAUGGAGAGCGGCAGAGGCGGAGCAGGUGCCGCCGGAAGCACGUCGUCGUCGCCAUCGGCGCCGAUGGUUCUGCCGUUCCAACAGAAAGCAGGGUACAGAAGAGAGGAGGAUCCCGGUCGUUGCAGCUGCAGCGAUAGCUUCUUCGGCAAGUACUUUACGUUCCUCGUGCUCAUGUUCGUCACCGCGUCGCUGGUGAUCCUCCCGCUCGUCCUGCCGCCGCUGCCUCCGCCGCCGUCGAUGCUUAUGCUCGUGCCAGUGGCAAUGCUGGUGAUGCUCCUGGCGCUGGCAUUCAUGCCGACGUCAGGCGGCAGGGGUGCGACGAGCCCGACUGCCUACCUGUAGAUAACUAGUACGUCCUUUUCUUGUUUGCUCUUUUGGAUUUUGUGAUAGGGUAGUCAUGGAAUCAAGUUUAUGCCCAUCAAUUGAAGCCUUGAAGAUACUUCUGCUUUUCUCGGUAUUACUAAAUGAGGAUUUCUCAUGGGAUUUGUCCAGCUAAAUGAGGCCUUCGGUCAGAACAACAACCUGACUAAUUUGCGCCUUUAUUAACUGUGCUUGCUAUAUUAACACGAAACAUUGUAGUAUAAGGAGAUGAAUUCACACAGUAUUUUACCA